UUUAUUUUUAUUAUGUCAUUAUGCAUUCCAAUCCAUGAGUCACUUAACUGCUAUAAAUUUUGAAUAUUUUAAUCGUGGUUUUCUAUAUUGAUUUCCAAAAUCUUUUUGUGCUGUCUACAAAUCUCGUACAAUGGGGAUCUUCCUGCAGAGCUUCUGCAGCCACACGGCUGCUGUCCUUAUUUAAGGAGUUCCUCUUCUAUGAAUGAGAAGCACAUUAUUCACUGUGGGACAGAGAGACUUAAAUAUGCAAAAGAACAAAUAAAGACUCUGAUAAUUCAUAGCACAAUUUACUCUGCAAUGAAUUGUGCAUAAAGUUAUACUCAAUUGAGGGAUUCAUACAAGUUACAUUCUAUUGAGAGAACUACACGAUAUAUUUUAAAAAGUACAGCUGUGUAGCCUGCUUCUUGGAAUUAGAACAAAGUGGAGUAAUUUUGGAUAUGACUGAGCCUUUGCCUUAUGGUGGAAGAUGACUAACGUGAACAAUCAGCCUUUGCUGUCAUAAAGGUGUGGGCUGUAAGUGAAAUCCAAAUGUAGUGCUUGAGAACAAUAUAUUACAACUGUGUAUACCCCAUUGGCCUGUAACAAAGACGAGGAAUUUAGCGAGUGACUGAAGCUUGGAUGACGAUGGAAGUUUCAUUUGAACAACCGGACUUAACUGUCAUAAAGGAAAAUAAAAUACAUAGAAACAAAUACUUGCCAUCAGUACAACCAGUUGAUGAGGUCUUCACUCGGGAUGCAUCUGUGGACAUUCGUGGAAGCCCUUCUAUCAAGAGCAAGUCAGGAAACUGGAGGGCCUGCCUGUUCAUUUUGGCAAAUGAGUGCUGUGAGAGAUUGGCUUACUAUGGAAUCACUACAAAUCUGGUGCAUUACCUAAAGAAUGGCUUCGGUCAGAGCAAUGCUACUGCAGCCAAUAAUGAUACCAACUGGUCUGGAACAUGCUACAUAACACCCUUACUGGGGGGUUUCUUGGCAGAUUCAUACUGGGGGCGAUUCUGGACGAUUGCUGUGUUCUCUACAGUCUAUUUUAUUGGAAUGACUGUUUUGACUCUAUCAGCAUUCAUACCCAAACUAAAGCCUCCAUUUUGCAGCAAAGGAAAUGAUGAAUGCCAUUCAUCUAAAGUCCAAAUUGGUGUAAGUUUUCUUGCACUUUAUCUCAUUGCUUUGGGAACUGGUGGCAUCAAGCCUUGCGUUUCCUCAUUUGGAGCAGAUCAAUUUGAUGAGAUGGACGAGGAAGAAAAGAAAAAGAAAAGUUCCUUCUUCAACUGGUUUUACUUAUCAAUAAAUAUUGGAGCUCUUGUAGCUUCCAGUGUUCUUGUCUGGAUUCAAGUUAAUGUUGGUUGGGGUUGGGGAUUCGGUAUACCUACAGUGACCAUGGGCAUAGCAAUAUGUAGUUUUCUCCUUGGAACAAAGUUAUAUCGACAUAAAAAGCCUGCAGGCAGUGCCUUAACCCGAAUAGCUCAAGUGGUGGUUGCAUCAACACGAAAAUGGAGAAUUCAAAUUCCUUCAGAUAAGUUUCUUCUAUAUGAAGUUCAUGACAAGGAAUUGGCUAUUGAAGGAAGCCAAAAACUUGAUCAUACAGACAACUUUCUAUUUCUUGACAAGGCAGCAACGCGAACUGAAGAUGAAAAGAGGAUAAGAGGAACCAUUAGUCCAUGGCAGCUCACCACUGUGACUCAAGUGGAGGAGCUGAAGUCAAUUAUCCGCCUUCUUCCAAUUUGGGCUUGUGGAGUUAUAUUUGCGACUGUUUUUACUCAGAUGAGUACUUUGUUCAUUUUACAGGGAGACACUAUGAAUCUUCAUGUGGGUCCCAACUUCCGAAUCCCACCUGCAUCCUUAAGCAUAUUUGACUCCAUCAGUGUUAUACUUUGGGUGCCAGUAUAUGAUCAGAUCAUUGUUCCAUUUGCAUGUAAAUAUACAGGUCACGGAAGAGGCUUCACUCACCUACAGCGCAUUGGAAUCGGCUUAUUCAUAUCUACUGUUGGAAUGGCAGUUGCUGCCAUUGUUGAAAUAGAGAGACUUAGAUUUGUGAGGCGUCACAACUACUAUGAGAAGGAUCAUAUACCAAUGAGUAUUUUUUGGCAAGUUCCUCAGUACUUUAUACUUGGUGCCGCUGAGGUGUUUACAAACAUUGGGAACUUAGAGUUCUUCUAUGAUCAAGCUCCUGAUGGUAUGCGCAGCCUGUGCAGUGCACUGACACUUACAACAAUAGCAUUGGGAAGCUAUUUGAGUACCUUACUUGUCACCAUUGUAACAAACAUUACGACUAGGCAUGGUGAGGUUGGUUGGAUACCGACCAAUUUGAACUAUGGACACAUUGAUUAUUUUUUCUGGCUUUUGGCAUUCCUCAGCUUUCUGAACUUUCUCCUCUUCUUAAUAAUUGCUCAUUGGUACAAGUGCAAAAAGACUGCUAUAACAUUUCCGGCUAGUAAAUCAACAAUUUCUAGCCCCUAGUGACUUCUGAAGUUGGAUACAUUUCCCUUCAGUAGAAAUGAAAGUUCGAAAGUUCAAAGUUCAAGGGCGAGGUUCUUGUCUACUAUGAAGGAAAUGGGGCAAGAUUGGAAUGUGAUUGUAGCCUCUAUUUAGAUUAAAUGACUUAUAUUGGGUUUGAUCUAAGGCCAUAUGUUUAUAAAAAUGCUGCAAUGAUUCAAAUAUUACGUUGUCUGACUUUUGUAAUAGAGAAUUACUUUUACCUGAAAAAAAAAUGCUGUAUUCAUAAGCAUAUUGCUUAGUAGUUGAGAAAAAUUGAUAUUUUUACAAUAAUAAGUUGCCCGCUUGCAAUAUUGUUGAUUGUCAAAGCAAAACAGUUUCUAGAAAGGAAAACAGAUCCUGGCAAGAGGAUCAUCCGAUGAAGUCAGCAAGUAGCCAGGUCACUUUCUUUUCAGUGGAUGAAUUAUUUUGUAUCAGAUCUACAUCAGAUAAUUUUUAGAACAGAUUAACAUGACAAGUAGCUUCAUAGGAAAGUCCUGGUUGACUUAUUGCCUCACCAAAUGCCAGGAAACUUGAAUUGUUGAGGCUACUUCCACUUCUAUCCUGUUAGCAUCUCGCUCCAGUACGAAUGAGGUAGCUGUAAUAUUUGGUUGGGGAGAAAUUUCUACAUGGGAGCUACCUUAUCACCACCAAAUGCCAAAAAUUUUGAUUUUUCACGUCUA